AGAUUCAAAAGCGUGGAAUGCCAACACUUCAACAUGUGUGAGCACCCCACGGGGUAUGAGUGCACGGAUUCCAUGCAAGUACACGUACCCAUUGCGUCUGGCCAAUGAAACACGGACUGCAAUUUGGUUUAAUAGUGAACAGCGAAAACGACAGCCUGUAGCUUUCCACUCUAAGAACAGCAGCCAAGUGUCAUCGAACUUCCAGCAUCGGACGGAACUGGCUGGAGAUGUCAAAGACAAUGACUGCUCCUUGAUUAUAAACAACGUCACGGAGGCAGAUGAAGGUUAUUACUACUUCAGAAUUGAAUUUGGCAACAAGAAUAAUUAUUCCUUCUUUCCCGCGACAAAGCUCCUUGUUUCUAAUCACACAGAAACACCCUUGAUAUUCCCCUUUAAGUUGGAUGCAGGGAAGCCUGUGAACAUAAGCUGCACCUUCAACUUCAAGUGUAAUGCAUCAACACUCAGCUUCACCUGGGUCUCCUCUCCCAAUGCCUCAUCGUCAGCCCCCACCACUGUCAUUCAGCAGAGAGGCACCUGGACAUUUACUUCCGUUCUGACCCUGACACCAACGCUCAAGGACCACGGGCAGAAACUCAGCUGCAGAGUCACAUACCCGUCUGCUUCAUCAGAGCGCACCAUCACACUGAUUGUGCAGUCUCCUACCUCGGUGCAAAGCUCACUCAUCAUUCCACUAGCGACUGCUGCGGUUGUCGUCUUCCUGAUCAUCGCAUCGGCUGUGAUUUGUCUCAUCAUCAAGGCCCGAUGGAGAAGAGACAGACCAGCAGAAAGGGCAUCAAGGCCAGCCUCAGGGGAGGCAGCCAGACGGGUGACAUGGAGAAAAAGACAGACACAGGAGAAUGUUCCCAAGUGUCUGGAAACCACACCAAAAGUGAAUGAAUAUCAAGAUAUGAACAUUUAUGCAAACUGCCAGCCUGCUGAGAGUUCCAUAUAUGGAAAUAUAUAAUCCAAUCAGGAAUGGGUAAUAGACGCACUGGGAAGAGCACAAGAAAGGAGUUCUUGGAAUUCCAAUUUACAUUCUAAAGAGCAACAGGAAUUCACACUCCCUCAAUCAAUUUCAAAAGUACUUGACACAGACUCAGGCCAAUCCCAAAAUGUCAUCUAAUUCAGUGGCUUAAUUUUGGAAGCAACCUCCUCACCCCCCCCCCCCCCCACCCCAGUCAUUAGAGCAUAGAACGGCAAAUGUAGACCUCCACUUUUCUCACAUUCAUCAUCCAUUAUUAUCCACAUGUAUUAAACACCAACAUCCAUUCCCAUGUGUGUGAGGGAUUUCAACUUCCAAUUUGUAACCCAUGUUGCAGUCUAUGAACAUUGAGAGAUUGGUCAUUGCUGAGUACAGACAUUGGGAGAAAGAGGCAAGUUGUCUAGGGGAGAUAGGGAUAAUUUUCUAUGUAAAAUGCUUUGUUUAUUCAGUCUGAUUACGGUGGAUUCAACCCAUAUCUCAAUGUGGCUCCCGAUGUCUUGCUGCAUGAGGAAGGUCCGUGAGUGGGAUGAGGCAAUGGCUGGGAAUUAAGAAGCCCGCCCACACGCUGCGUAGAUGACCUGCUGACAGCUGAAAGGUCUUCUCAUUGAUCACCAGAACUCCAGACGAUAAACAAAAGAUAUAAACACAUCUACAAUAAACCCUCUUCAG